GGGCAGCAGAGCGAGACUCUGUCCUGAAAAAAAAAAAAAAUUAUAUAUAUAUAACAAGAAUGAAGAGAGACAUUUACUGGGGCACCAAUGGCAUUGCCAUAUCCUAGUAUUUAUUUCCCAGGUUUAAAUCAUAUCUAAUCUGAUAAAUUCAUUUCCCUGAGACAUGAUUAUUUUUCUCCAUCUUACAAGAUUAAAGUAACUAGGAAUGUUUGGCUCAGAAAAACAACAAAUUAGGAGGAACAUGGGAAUUGUCUUCAAACAACUGAAGUAUGGUCAUGUUAGAAAAGAUUCGAUUCUUUCUGUAUAGUCCCAGCGGAUUGAACCUAUGUGUUGAAUUUAUAGUAAAACAGAUUUUAGUUCAGUUUAAGGAAGAAAUGUCCUAACGGUCAAAUCUGCUUAGAGAGGGAGUUGGCUGCGUAGGAAGGGAGUGCAGUGGUCCUUCUUGAAGUUUUAAUAUAUGAGGUGGAUGACCUUCUCCUGGGUGUGUACGGUAAAUUCAGAUGUUGAGUGAUUAUCGUGUUAGGUAGGCUAUAAGGACCUGUCCUACUCUGGAUUAUUUAGGAAAAAUGGGUGAUGGAAAGAAACCAGGUGAUUAAUACAGGAUGAGAAAGGAGACUUAAUGGUUAAUAGGGUAUAAGAAAGGGGGAAACUGAGGGUUGUCCAGAAUGUCUCUCCCAACCAUUAGAGCCCUAGAAAGUUCACGUUUUCUCUGCCAGAGACAUUUAAGAAAUUGUUGGCUCUGGUUUCAUAAGAGGUUGUUCUGUAGAACUUGAGGAAUUUUUGGCAUUUUCAGAGACUGAACAGUUCUGCUUCAGUAAUGAGCCUCUGGCUGGAGUCAUUGAGUGCUGCUAAAUCAGAAGUGUCCAGGUUGUGGGCUUUAGGUGGGAGCAACAGCGUCUGUCAGUUGAUUUCAUUUCUUUCUAGUAAUUUUCACAAUUCUUUCUUAUUAUUGUUACAUUAAACUAAACCUCAGCAACAGGCUGAGACUAUUCUCUUGUUCUGAACGUUUGGGUUUGUUUUUUCAGCUUCCAUUUCUAGCUUUACUAAAGAAAAAUGUUGCAUGAAUAUUCUCAACACUGGAAUUUGAAGUAGGAAGAAAGCUGAAGUCGACAUGUCUUUGUUUUCAACCAAGAUUUAGUGUUUUCUGGGGAGGAGUAUGGUAAAGUUGAUUGGUUGUUUCAUUAUGGAUGGAGGGGAUGAUGGUAACCUUGUUAUCAAAAAGAGGUUUGUGUCUGAGGCAGAACUAGAUGAACGGCGCAAAAGGAGGCAAGAAGAAUGGGAGAAAGUUCGAAAACCUGAAGAUCCAGAAGAAUGUCCAGAGGAGGUUUAUGACCCUCGCUCUCUGUAUGAAAGACUACAGGAACAGAAGGACAGGAAGCAGCAGGAGUAUGAGGAACAGUUCAAAUUCAAAAACAUGGUAAGAGGCUUAGAUGAAGAUGAGACCAACUUCCUUGAUGAGGUUUCUCGACAGCAGGAACUAAUAGAAAAGCAACGAAGAGAAGAAGAACUGAAAGAACUGAAGGAAUACAGAAAUAACCUCAAGAAGGUUGGAAUUUCUCAAGAGAACAAGAAGGAAGUGGAAAAGAAACUGACUGUGAAGCCCAUAGAAACCAAGAACAAGUUCUCCCAGGCAAAGCUGUUGGCAGGAGCUGUGAAGCAUAAGAGCUCAGAGAGUGGCCACAGUGUGAAAAGACUGAAACCGGACCCUGAGCCAGAUGACAAGAAUCAAGAGCCCUCAUCCUGCAAGUCUCUCGGAAACACUUCCCUGAGUGGCCCCUCCAUCCACUGCCCCUCUGCUGCAGUCUGUAUCGGCAUCCUCCCGGGCCUGGGCGCCUACUCUGGGAGCAGCGACUCCGAGUCCAGCUCAGACAGCGAAGGCACCAUCAAUGCCACCGGAAAGAUUGUCUCCUCCAUCUUCCGAACCAACACUUUCCUCGAGGCCCCCUAGUUUCUCUGUCCUUACACAGGGAGCUCCUCCCCAAGGGUAGAUCGGACCGUUCAUGCUGCCUUCAGGCAUUACAUCCCUCAAAAAAAAAACUCCUUUGCCUGCAUCCUGUGCACAACAUGACAUUUUUAACCAAUCCAAUCUAAAAAUGUGCCAGAUCCACCUGUGGCCCAAAUCGUGUUUGGUUUCUCUUUCUACUGCAGUGCACAUGAGCAAACCUGUCCCGCUGCCACUUUCCUCACUGAUAUUGGGAGGAGGGCAAGGCCCAGCUGAAGUUCCACUAAAAAUGCCCUAGGAGAGUAGGCACCGGCUGGCUUGCCAAAGGGUUUGGGUUUUAUUGCUUUCUGUUUUUUUCUUUUCCCGACAGCACAAAGAAGUAAGGGCAGUUAUUGGACAGGUGUUAUUUAAACAUUCUAUUGUAGGUGAAUGUGUUGUUUGGUUCUACUGCAUUGUGGAGCAUGCGGGGGAAGAGAACUGACCCAGGUGAUGAAAUGGAGCCCUUCCCUGGAACUAACCAGUCCUUGAUGUUGUGUGACUAAGUAAAGAUGAUAAACCCCGUCUGCUGGGGGUGUCACUUCACACUCGGCAUGCAUUGUGAAAGCUUUCCAUACCCUUGGCCAUUCUCUCUCCCCUCUUUAUCCAACCCCAUUUAUGCAGGAAGGGACUGCUAACAAGAAAGCUUCCAUCUCAAACCUUUUCUCUGCCUGGGAAAUUAUUUUAUGUUUGUUUUUGGAAUAAAGGAUUUAGUUUAAGAUUCUAAAUUUUAGAGAAACAAACGUAGGCCUUGUUUACUCAUAGCCAGACAUCAGAACUGCGGGUAGGUAUGUUAAUGAGAUGACUUAUUUCUGGCAGCUCCUGGAAUCCUGAUAUUGUAAACGAGUGGGACACACUUGCAUAUUGUGACUGUUCUACUGAGGCCCUUCUCUGUUUAAUGCACAUUAUACUUGUGCUUUUCACUGUGGAAUCUAUUUCUAACCUAAAGGUGCUGCCCUAGUACUUUUCUUUGCUGCCCCUGCUGCUCUUUUUCCUUUCCAAACAGCAACUCUGAGGCCAUGAGCAGCCAAUAACUAGAGGUGCUGCUCCACCUUGCCUCAUAAAGGGAAACGGGCUCAUCCCUUGGAUUCUGGAGGAGGGAGAGGGAGACGGUUUGGAGGCCUCUAGGAAAGAGAUAAGAUAUGAGCUUUGAUGACAAUCUGUAGGCUCUCCUGCUUUAGAAUAAGCGUGUACCGUUCUUUAUCCAUUCCCCUUGUUCCUACGUCAAUUGUUUUUACUGUCUUGGGUGUGAGACUGAGUGAGACACACACAAAAUGUGUUGACACUGUGAUGCCGGCAGGCAGAGCAGCUACUGACUUUGAACGUGGGCAGAGAGGCCCCUGGAUCUCAUCCAGCCCACUCGUUUUCCCCUUCCAGUGCAGUGACACUCCAGUGCCCAUUGGCAGAUGGCAACUUCCCUGCACCCAUAACUGAUGCUUUGUGAAUUCUUCCUCCUUUUCAGAACUACUCUGUGCUAAUUGUUCCUGACUGCCAGUAUGGGCGCGUCAGCUCCAUCCUAACAAACAAGAUGUUUAGGUAAAACUGUGUAGGCACCUUCUGCUUCUCUGCUUCAUUGUUCCUGUGAUAGUCGUGUUAUUACAGCAUGUACCCCCCAAAACAGCCUCACAUUGUUACAGGAGGCAGGCUAGGGCUUCAGGUCACCAUCUUUAUGUGGCUUGAGUCAAGCCACAUUACUGUACCUCAUGGCCUCUUGAUGUGGAAAGAACUUGACAAAAGGUUGCAGGGUUUAAAAACAUACAUUAACAUGAAAGCUAAUAAACCUGUCAGAGAACAAGA